UCAUCCAGCGGAAGUGUUGUUAGGCCCCACCACGCUAGAUUUUGUUUUCAAUAUGAUGUAAAUGUUUUGAUUUCAAUAGAUAUAAUUCCUGUUAUUUUGUUUUUAUUUAUUUUUAAAAAAGUAAAUAUGGAUUCCUCGUCUGAUGAAAUAUCGAGUUCAGAUGAAGAAAUGCAUAGGUUGGCAGGAAUCGCCAGUCAAAAUAUUACUGAAAACAGCAGUGAUGAGAAAAUGUCAACAGGCGAUUCUGAAAGUGACGACAGUGAUGCAGACGAUAGUUUGGGAUACAAAACUAGUUUACUGAAAAAUGAGGAUGAUCUUGGACUUUUCACUAUAGACAGAAAACCUACAAAUGUGUUGGAUCAGAAAAGACGGAUAAAUAUUAGUAAUAUAAGUGAACCAACCACGUCAAAAUCCAGGAAAAGGGGCAGAAGAAAUAGAAAUAAGAAUAAACAAAAUGAUAAAAAUGAUGAAUUUCAGUUGGCAUCAGAAAUUGGAGCAGGAAUGGAAUUACCUGGUAUUUAUAUUAAUGUUAAACCCGGAGAAAAUACAAAGCAUAAAAAUGAAGAAAUGUCCAAAUUACAGAAGAAUCGAUCUCAGAAAGAACUCAAGGUUAUGGAAAAAAGUGUUAUCACUCCAGAUUUUGAAAGAACAGAAACUUUACCAAAAUAUCACGAGUCAGUUAGAAAAGUAAAAAGAGAGAAAAAGAAACUGCGAGAAAUGACAAAGGGUAAAAAAUGGUUUGAUUUACCAGCAACAGGAUUAACGGAAGAAAAGAAAAAUAGUUUAAUGGUUCUACAAAUGAGAAAAGCUCUUGAUCCCAAACGUUUCUAUAAGAGCAAUGAUUUGAAAGAUUUUCCAAAAUAUUUCCAAUUUGGUAAAGUUGUUGAAGGGGCAGCUGACUUCUAUAGUGGUAGAAUUCCUAAAAAACAACGUAAACAAACUAUUGUUGACGAGCUUCUGGCAGAUGCUGAAUUCAGAACGUAUAAUAAAAGAAAGUUUGAAGAAAUUCAAUCUUCUAUGCGUAGAGGAACAGGCGCUUAUCAAGGAUCUAAGAGAAUGAUGCAGAAGAAAAAGGGACCUGUCCGUCGCCAGCCCGACAAAAAGCAAAAAAAGUUUUUUGUAGAUUCUUCUGCUUUUUCAAAAAGAAGGAGGAGGUGAUUUUCACUUUCAGCCUUUAGGAAUAAAAUUGUUUGUACAUAUAAA